AUGACCGACCAAUUCCGCACUCCACUUGAGCUGCCGCCGAGCGAAGAAACGCUUGAGGCUAUCAACGCCCACCUCUCGCAACUUUCUCCACAAGACAUACUCGCAUGGGCACUUAUACACCUACCCGCGCUCUACCAGACAACAGCUUUCGGACUCACUGGGCUCGUCGCCCUCGAUAUGCUCUCCAAGUCCGGACAUCCGAUCCCGAAACUUAUUUUUCUGGAUACGCUGUACCACUUUGCGGAAACAUACGAGCUCGUGCAGCAGGUGCGGGAACGUUAUGCUGUCGAUAUAAAGGUGUACAAGCCCGAGGGAUGCAAAACAAUUCGAGACUUUGAAAAGAAACACGGCGAAGAAUCGUGGGAGAAAGACGAAGACACAUACGAUUUUGCGGUCAAGGUUGAGCCCGCCCAACGCGCGUACCAGGAGCUUGGGGUGCGCAGCGUCAUCACGGGCCGACGUAGAUCUCAGGGCGGCGAUCGUGCUUCCCUCCAGCCGCUUGAGGUCGAUGAAACGGGGCUCCUUAAGCUAAAUCCACUCUUUGCAUGGUCUUUUGCGCAGGUUGAUGCGUACAUCCGCGAGAACAAUGUUCCGAGGAAUCAACUGCUCGAUCAGGGGUAUCGCAGUGUCGGUGACUGGCAUAGCACGCAGCCCAGUCGUGAGGGCGAUACUGGCGAGCGCGCUGGGAGAUGGGCAGACAAGGAGGGGAAGACUGAAUGUGGUCUCCAUAAGAACUUUUUUGAGAUGAAGUUGAGGGCAAAGCCCGAGGAGCAACGCAUACCAGGAGAAGAAGUAACAAUUGCUUCAGAGGUAGCCACUCCUCCUGCGUAA